UCCAUUACAUUAGCAGUUGAAAAAAAAAUCGAAACUUUGGGUGCAGACAUGGGUUGAAAAAGAAGAAAAACGAAUUGGGGUUUCUUCGUUUUCAUGGAAAACCCUAAAAAGAUUGCUUCUUUAAAUAUGAGUAAAUUAAUUGGAGGAAAAGUUUGUGAAGAAUUUACACCUGGGUAUUAUGGUGUUUGUGCAAUUGGAGGGAUGCUUAGUGCUGGAACUACUCAUCUUGCUAUUACCCCUCUUGAUGUACUCAAAGUUAAUAUGCAGGUGCACCCUAUCAAGUAUGGUAGCAUUUCCACAUGCUUUACGACUUUGUUGAGAGAACAAGGUCCCUCGGCAUUUUGGCGAGGAUGGGCUGGGAAGUUUUUUGGCUAUGGUGUUCAGGGUGCUUGUAGAUUUGGUCUGUAUGAAUACUUUAAGAAAGUAUACUCAAAUGUACUUGUGGAUCAGAACAAGAGUUUGAUAUUUUUCGCCAGCAGUGCAUCAGCUGAAGUAAUUGCUAAUGUCACUCUCUGUCCAUUUGAGGCCAUUAAAGUUCGUGUGCAAGCUCAGCCUCAUUUUGCCAAAGGCCUUUCUGAUGGCUUUCCAAGAAUAUAUGCAUCAGAAGGCCUCCAUGGGUUUUACAGGGGACUUAUUCCGCUACUGGGUCGUAAUAUACCAUUCUCAAUAGUUAUGUUCUCAACUUUUGAGCAUACAGUGAAUUUUCUUUAUAAAAAGUUAAUCGAGAAAAGGAGGGAAGACUGUUCAAGAACUCAGCAGCUCAGUGUAACUUGUUUAGCUGGAUAUGCCGCUGGAUCUGUUGGUAGUAUUAUCUCUAACCCCGCUGACAACAUUGUUGCUUCUCUUAACAACAAGAAGGCCAGUAGCCUAAAACAGGCUGUGAAGAAAAUUGGGUUUCUUAAUUUGUUUACGAGAAGUCUUCCUAUUAGGAUAAUGCUUGUUGGACCAGUUGUGACUUUGCAGUGGUUGUUCUACGACUCCAUUAAAAUAUUAAGUGGAUUGCCAACCAGUGGACAUGUAAUCAAAGAUAUAGAAGAAGAUGAAAUGGAUCAAAGUCAUUCAAGAUGAAUAUAAUGAGCACACGAAUACUCGUGCACCUAAUUUAGCAAAUAGGGUGAACUAGCGAUCCUCUUAACUGUUUUUCGGAAAUGCUUGAUCAUUUACCAACAAAUAAAUCGAUGUACAGGCCAUUUGUUAUCAGCAAAUAGCUCAAUUUCCUGGCUGGCUCUAGAGUGGGACAGAUUUCUUUUAAGCUACCUGAAGAAGGUGAAAUUUUUUUCGCGAGAAGAGAGGCUCUCUCGCUGUCAUGCACUAACUUACACAACGGCGCAGGAGUUGUAUCUGUGGCCCGGAUAGUUACUCAAUAAUGGUUUUAAGAGAUUCCACUAGCUAGAACCACAGUUACUCAAAAUGUUGUUUCCUGUUUUUGAGUACAUGUCAGUUUAUGGUAUCGAUCUGGCAAAUUUUGACUUCUCAGUUUAUGGUGGCGGAGCCAGAAUUUUGAUAAUAAGCAUGAUGAAUUCAUCUGAUUUGUAUGAUUUCAAAGCUGCUCAAGUGAGCACCUUAUUGUUGA